AUGGCGAAGUUUACGAUCGAGUGGCUUUCUCAGAGCUACUACAGCACGCAGGAGGACGCAGCGGUGGAAGACGCUUCGUUAAGGCCAAAGGGAGCAGAGGAUUUCACGCCAGCGUCUCCAAACAACAGUUGUGGCUACACGUCCGCCUCUGACAGCAGCGACCUGGGGGAGGACAGUGAAGAGGCCGCGCGCAGAGUCCGGACCAAGUUCAGCUCGGACCAGAUCCACAAACUCGAAGCCACCUUCAACAAGCACCGCUACCUGGGCGCGUCUCAGAGGAGGAAAAUCGCGGAAAAGCUGCAUCUGUCCGAGACGCAGGUCAAGACGUGGUUCCAGAACAGGAGGAUGAAGCUGAAGCGCGAGGUGCAAGACAUGCGCACUGAGUUCUUGGCCGUUCCGAGCGCGCUGCUGCCUCCGGGCAUGUUUCAGCACCACCAGGCCUGUGGACAGUUCCCCGGGGCCAGCGUAGGCUUGUAUCCGCUUCAGGAGCCUCACAGAGCGGCCUCACACCAGGACUGGGCCCGUCACCAGCGUGGGGACUGUCUGGUUCCUCAAUCCAGAGCCUCGGUCAGUGGGGACUCUCUGGUUCCUCAGUCCCGAGCCUCUGUCAAUGGGGACUGUCUGGUUCCUCAGUCCAGAGCCUCAGUCAGUGGGGACUGUCUGGUUCCUCAGUCCAGAGCCUCAGUCAGUGGGGACUGUCUGGGUCCUCAGUCCAGAGCCUCGGUCAGUGGGGACUGUCUGGGUCCUCAGUCCAGAGCCUCGGCCAGUGGGGACGGUCUGGUUCCUCAGUCCAGAGCCUCAGUCAGUGGGGACUGUCUGGGUCCUCAGUCCAGAGCCUCGGUCAGUGGGGACUGUCUGGGUCCUCAGUCCAGAGCCUCUGUCAGUGGGGACUGUCUGGGUCCUCAGUCCAGAGCCUCGGUCAGUGGGGUCGGUCUGGUUCCUCUCAGUCCAGAGCCUCGAGCCUCGGUCAGUGGGGUCGGUCUGGUUCCUCAGUCCAGAGCCUCGGUCAGUGGGGACUGUCUGGUUCCUCAGUCCAGAGCCUCGGUCAGUGGGGACUGUCUGGUUCCUCAGUCCAGAGCCUCGGUCAGUGGGGACGGUCUGGUUCCUCAGUCUGGAGCCUCGGUCAGUGGGGACGGUCUGGUUCCUCAGUCUGGAGCCUCGGUCAGUGGGGACUGUCUGGUUCCUCAGUCCAGAGCCUCGGUCAGUGGGGACUGUCUGGUUCCUCAGUCCAGAGCCUCGGUCAGUGGGGUCGGUCUGGUUCCUCAGUCUGGAGCCUCGGUCAGUGGGGACUGUCUGGUUCCUCAGUCCAGAGCCUCGGUCAGUGGGGACGGUCUGGUUCCUCAGUCCAGAGCCUCGGUCAGUGGGGACUGUCUGGUUCCUCAGUCCAGAGCCUGUCUCCAGAGCUCGUCAGUGGGGACUGUCUGGUUCCUCAGUCCAGAGCCUCGGUCAGUGGGCGUCUGGUUCUCAGUCCAGAGCCUCGGUCAGUGGGGACUGUCUGGUUCCUCAGUCCAGAGCCUCGGUCAGUGGGGUCGGUCUGGUUCCUCAGUCCAGAGCCUCGGUCAGUGGGGACGGUCUGGUUCCUCAGUCGGAGCCUCGGUCAGUGGGGACGGUCUGGUUCCUCAGUCCAGAGCCUCGGUCAGUGGGGACUGUCUGGUUCCUCAGUCCAGAGCCUCGGUCAGUGGGGACGGUCUGGUUCCUCAGUCCAGAGCCUCGGUCAGUGGGGUCGGUCUGGUCCCAGUCGCUCUCUGGCGUCUGGUUCCUCAGUCCGAGCCUCGGUCAGUGGGGACGGUCUGGUUCCUCAGUCCAGAGCCUCGAGCCUCGGUCAGUGGGGUCGGUCUGGUUCCUCAGUCAGAGCCUCGGUCAGUGGGGACUGUCUGGUUCCUCAGUCCAGAGCCUCGGUCAGUGGGGACUGUCUGGUUCCUCAGUCCAGAGCCUCGGUCAGUGGGGACUGUCUGGUUCCUCAGUCCAGAGCCUCGGUCAGUGGGGACUGUCUGGUUCCUCAGUCCAGAGCCUCGGUCAGUGGGACGUCUGGUCCGUCCAGGCUCGUCAGGGCGUCUGGUUCCUCAGUCCAGAGCCUCGGUCAGUGGGGACGAUCUGGUUCCUCAGUCCGGAGCCUCUGUCAGUGGGGACUGUCUGGUUCCUCAGUCUGGAGCCUCGGUCAGUGGGGACUGUCUGGUUCCUCAGUCCAGAGCCUCGGUCAGUGGGGACUGUCUGGUUCCUCAGUCCAGAGCCUCGGUCAGUGGGGACUGUCUGGUUCCUCAGUCCAGAGCCUCGGUCAGUGGGGACGGUCUGGUUCCUCAGUCUGGAGCCUCGGUCAGUGGGGACGGUCUGGUUCCUCAGUCCAGAGCCUCGGUCAGUGGGGACUGUCUGGUUCCUCAGUCCAGAGCCUCGGUCAGUGGGGACUGUCUGGUUCCUCAGUCCAGAGCCUCGGUCAGUGGGGUCGGUCUGGUUCCUCAGUCUGGAGCCUCGGUCAGUGGGGACUGUCUGGUUCCUCAGUCCAGAGCCUCGGUCAGUGGGGACUGUCUGGUUCCUCAGUCCAGAGCCUCGGUCAGUGGGGACUGUCUGGUUCCUCAGUCCAGAGCCUCGGUCAGUGGGGACUGUCUGGUUCCUCAGUCCAGAGCCUCGGUCAGUGGGGUCGGUCUGGUUCCUCAGUCCAGAGCCUCGGUCAGUGGGGACAAUCUGGUUGCUCAGUCCAGAGCCUCGGUCAGUGGGGACGAUCUGGUUCCUCAGUCCGGAGCCUCUGUCAGUGGGGACUGUCUGGUUCCUCAGUCUGGAGCCUCGGUCAGUGGGGACUGUCUGGUUCCUCAGUCCAGAGCCUCGGUCAGUGGGGACUGUCUGGUUCCUCAGUCCAGAGCCUCGGUCAGUGGGGACUGUCUGGUUCCUCAGUCCAGAGCCUCGGUCAGUGGGGUCGGUCUGGUUCCUCAGUCCAGAGCCUCGGUCAGUGGGGACGGUCUGGUUCCUCAGUCUGGAGCCUCGGUCAGUGGGGACUGUCUGGUUCCUCAGUCCAGAGCCUCGGUCAGUGGGGACGGUCUGGUUCCUCAGUCUGGAGCCUCGGUCAGUGGGGUCGGUCUGGUUCCUCAGUCUGGAGCCUCGGUCAGUGGGGACUGUCUGGUUCCUCAGUCCAGAGCCUCGGUCAGUGGGGACUGUCUGGUUCCUCAGUCCAGAGCCUCGGUCAGUGGGGACUGUCUGGUUCCUCAGUCCAGAGCCUCGGUCAGUGGGGACUGUCUGGUUCCUCAGUCCAGAGCCUCGGUCAGUGGGGACGGUCUGGUUCCUCAGUCUGGAGCCUCGGUCAGUGGGGACUGUCUGGUUCCUCAGUCCAGAGCCUCGGUCAGUGGGGACUGUCUGGUUCCUCAGUCCAGAGCCUCGGUCAGUGGGGACUGUCUGGUUCCUCAGUCCAGAGCCUCGGUCAGUGGGGACUGUCUGGUUCCUCAGUCCAGAGCCUCGGUCAGUGGGGUCGGUCUGGUUCCUCAGUCCAGAGCCUCGGUCAGUGGGGACAAUCUGGUUCCUCAGUCCAGAGCCUCGGUCAGUGGGGACAAUCUGGUUCCUCAGUCCAGAGCCUCGGUCAGUGGGGACGAUCUGGUUCCUCAGUCCGGAGCCUCUGUCAGUGGGGACUGUCUGGUUCCUCAGUCCAGAGCCUCGGUCAGUGGGGACUGUCUGGUUCUCAGUCCAGAGCCUCGGUCAGUGGGGACUGUCUGGUUCUCAGUCCAGAGCCUCUGUCAGUGA